AUGUCGUCCUCUGAUUCAAAUAGACCAUAUGACACGUCAUAUAAUCGGCUAAAAUUUGUGUUGGCAAAAUAUAUUCGAUUCGUAACUAGCACAUCUCAAAAAGACCAAAAAGAGAAAAUUCAAGUUAAUGAUAAUGUAGAUGGUAACAAGACCAUUUUUGAAACCAAAGAGAGCCAUAUUAUUGUUGAGGAACAAAAUCAAUUAGGCAAUGAGGUGAAUAAUAAUGGUAAAGACUCAGAUGAUAACGAUUGUCAGCGUUGGAAGGAAAGAGCCUUGGAAUUAACCGACGAAGUCGAAGCGUUAAAGCAACGCUUAUGUGUUGUUUCAGAUGAUAAUGAUUGUCAACGUUGGAAGGAAAGAGCCUUGGAAUUAACCGACGAAGUCGAAGCGUUAAAGCAACGCUUAUGCGUUGUUUCAGAUGAUAACGAUUGUCAGCGUUGGAAGGAAAGAGCCUUGGAAUUAACCAACGAAGUCGAAGCGUUAAAGCAACGCUUAUGUGUUGUUGAGUUAGAGUUAGAAGCUGCAAAGCAAAGCGCGUCCAACAAAAGAAGAAAAACAAAGGCGCAACAAGCAACUGCAAUCACUGAAGGUGAUCAAGGACCAGUAUCAUUAACAUCAACAAAUAAAAAACAAUCGGGGAAAAGUGCAACGGCAAAAAGAGGGUCGAAAAGAUUUCAAGAUUCUGAAUCUAAGAUAUUUCAAAGAGUUCCAGGAGCGGAUGAUGACGUAUGGAGAUUAUUCGAUAUCAGUCAAGCGAUGUCUUUUUUACAACAAAUUAAACUUCUAGCACACAUAACACCACCUGUUAUAUCAGUCACUGAUUCAUCUACAUUUUCUCCAUAUUCUGCAAACUCUGGAGCGGUGAUAACACAGGCGAUUAUAAAAACCAUUAAUUAUAUGAAUCUAAAGUUAUCAAGUUUAUUAAAAGUGUUUGAAAAUAAUUCAGUAAACAAUAUAAGCAUGCUACAGGCAUAUCCAUUAUGUAUAAAUAGUUUUGAAUCUGUUGUGAAAAAGGCAAUUCAUAUAAUUAGCAUGAGGAUUUUAAAUGAUACGUUACAAGAUAAUGAUUCCACAAAUAAUCAUUCUAAUGUUGCAAAUGUCAAAAAUCAAGAUCCACGAGAUGCAAUAGCUAAAUUGUUGAUUCACAUUUGUCAUCAUGUUGGUCCACAAUUAAGGGAUGCAGUUUCGUUGGCUGCAGUAAAGGAAUGUCUGCGGCUGGUGUCUGAAGAAUUCGGUAUUAUUGAUGAAAAUCCAUCAAAAUCAUUACAAGAAAAUAAUUAUUCUGUAAUAACUAUACCGAUUUUGUCUACCGAUCAAGCUACUGCAUCAUUAAUGCAGGAUUCCACAUUGUUGACAAAGAAAGAUUCUGAAAUUAGAGAUGUUGUGCGUAAGGAUAGUGCUUAUUUUUUAUUAUGGGUUCUUGAAGAAAUCUUGGGUAAAGAAAAUUGUAUUUUGGAUAUAACGAGAAAAGAAAUGCUAACAGAUGAAACUCGCAAAAAUAUUUCUACUCUUUUGGAAGGGUCUCUUGCAUGUAACAAACGUGCAUCUUUGCAUGGUGAUGCGUACACAAUGUAUCUUUGGACCGUCUGUGAAAAACUUUGGACUCUGACUGGAACAUUUCCAUGA